UCCGGCCGGUUCCUCCCAGCAGCCGCACCGAGCAGCUCUUGUCCUCCCGGCAGCGGCGGCAGCAGCAGCGGGGAAUCUCUCACUCUCACACCGGCUCUUCAUCACCCAGAGACGCGCUCUCACGGCUGGAAGCGGCGACCGAACACGGACUCCUCGCCCGGUCGCGUAUCCCUCCCCAUCCCGCCUCUCUCUCUGUGGGACGCCGUUGCGGUUUUUCCCCCCCAUUUUUAUUUUUUGGUUUCCUCCCACCGCCUCUGACAGAGAGUCCGCCGCGCACUCAGGUUCGUCGGGCUGACAUGGUAGAUUACCACGCUGCUAAUAACCAGGCUUCGACUGGCGGUGUGCAGACCUACAUGGAGCAAGAGAACGACUGGGACCGGGACCUUCUGCUGGACCCGGCCUGGGAGAAGCAGCAGAGAAAGACAUUCACGGCUUGGUGCAACUCCCACCUACGGAAGGCCGGCACGCAGAUCGAGAACAUCGAGGAGGACUUCAGGGAUGGGCUCAAACUCAUGCUGCUGCUGGAGGUCAUCUCAGGCGAGCGGUUACCCAAGCCUGAGCGAGGCAAGAUGAGGGUCCACAAGAUCAACAAUGUGAACAAAGCCCUGGACUUCAUCGCCAGCAAGGGAGUGAAACUGGUCUCAAUCGGAGCAGAGGAAAUUGUGGAUGGAAAUGCGAAGAUGACCCUGGGAAUGAUCUGGACCAUCAUCCUCCGCUUCGCCAUCCAGGACAUCUCUGUCGAAGAGACCUCUGCGAAGGAGGGUCUUCUCCUGUGGUGCCAGAGGAAGACCGCCCCUUACAAGAAUGUCAACGUGCAGAACUUCCACAUUAGCUGGAAGGACGGUCUCGCCUUCAACGCUCUGAUCCACAGACACAGACCCGAUCUCAUCGACUACGAAAGCCUCAGGAAGGACGACCCAGUCACUAAUCUGAACAACGCCUUCGAAGUGGCUGAGAAGCACCUGGACAUUCCUAAGAUGUUGGACGCAGAAGACAUUGUGAACACUGCUCGUCCAGAUGAGAAAGCCAUAAUGACUUAUGUGUCCAGUUUCUACCAUGCCUUCUCUGGAGCGCAGAAGGCUGAGACAGCUGCAAAUCGUAUCUGCAAAGUUCUGGCUGUCAACCAGGAAAACGAGCAAAUGAUGGAGGACUACGAGAAGCUGGCCAGUGAUCUGCUGGAGUGGAUCCGUCGGACCGUCCCCUGGCUGGAGAACCGAACCCAAGAGAAAACUGUAAAUGACAUGCAGGCAAAACAGGAGGACUUCAGAGACUACCGCUGCGUCCACAAACCACCAAAGGUCCAAGAGAAAUGUCAGCUGGAGAUCAGCUUCAACACUCUGCAGACGAAGCUGAGGCUCAGCAACCGACCUGCCUUCAUGCCAUCAGAAGGACGCAUGGUGUCUGAUAUCAAUGGAGCGUGGCACACUCUGGAAGGAGCAGAAAAGGGCUACGAGGAAUGGAUUCUCAGUGAGAUCAGACGUCUGGAGAGACUCGAACAUCUGGCCGAGAAGUUCCACCAGAAGGCUGCCAUCCACGAAUCCUGGACCGAUGGUAAGGAGGCCAUGCUGACCCAGAAAGACUAUGAGACUUCCACCCUGUCAGAAGUCAAGGCGUUGCUAAGGAAACACGAGGCCUUUGAGAGCGACCUGGCCGCCCAUCAGGACAGAGUGGAGCAGAUCGCCGCCAUCGCACAGGAGCUCAACGAGCUGGACUAUUACGAUUCUGCCAGCGUGAACGCUCGCUGUCAGAAGAUCUGUGAUCAGUGGGACAGCCUGGGAGCCCUGACCCUGAGCCGCAAAGAGUCUCUGGAGAGGACAGAGAAGCAGUUGGAGUCGAUAGACGAGCUUUACUUGGAGUACGCCAAGAGGGCGGCGCCCUUUAACAACUGGAUGGACGGAGCCAUGGAGGACCUGCAGGACAUGUUCAUCGUCCACAACAUCGAGGAGAUUCAGGGUUUGAUCACAGCCCACGAGCAGUUCAAGUCCACCCUGUCGGAGGCCAACAAGGAGCGUGAGGCCAUCCAGUCCAUCCAGGCCGAGGUGCAGAAGAUCGCCCAGAGCAACGGCAUCAAGCUGAGUGGAGCCAACCCCUACACCACCAUCACACCUGAAAGCAUCGACAGCAAAUGGGAGAAGGCAAUGGCCAUGGUGCCGCUGCGUGACAACGCCCUGCAGGAUGAGCUGAACAAGCAGAACUCCAACGACACUCUGAGAGCCAAGUUUGCCACCCAGGCCAACACAGUCGGUGCCUACAUACAGGAAAAGAUGGAGGAAAUCGGCAGGAUAUCCAUUGAAAUGAACGGCACUCUGGAGGAUCAGCUCACCAACCUGAAGGAUUACCAGACGAACAUCAUGUCGUACAUGCCUGAGAUCAACAAGCUGGAGGGAUCCCACCAGCUCAUCCAGGAGGCUCUCAUCUUCGACAACCAGUACACUUCCUACACAAUGGAGCACCUCCGUGUGGGCUGGGAGCAGCUGCUGACCACAAUCGCCAGAACCAUCAACGAGGUCGAGAACCAGAUCCUGACACGUGACGCCAAGGGCAUCAGCCAGGAGCAGCUCUUCGAGUACCGCGCCUCCUUCAACCACUUUGACAAGGACCACAGUGGGGCCCUGAUGGCCGAGGAGUUCAAGGCCUGUUUGAUCAGUCUGGGCUACGAUGUGGAGAACGACAAGCAGAAGCGAUCAGGACAGAUGGUGUCAGAGGAUUUCCGGGCUCUACUCAUUUCGACAGGAAACAGCCUGGGCGACAGUGAGUUUGCUCGCAUCAUGAGUAUCGUGGACCCCAACGGCAGCGGCGCCGUCACCUUCCAGGCCUUCAUUGACUUCAUGUCUACGGAAACGACUGACACGGACACCGCAGACCAGGUUAUCGCCUCCUUCAAGAUCCUGGCUGCUGAUAAGAACUACAUCACGGCCGACGAGCUGAGGAGGGAGCUCCCCCCCACCCAGGCGGAGUACUGCAUCGCCCGCAUGGCGCCCUACUCGGGGCCUGACGCCGUGCCCGGAGCCCUCGACUACAUGUCCUUCUCCACCGCCCUGUACGGAGAGAGCGACCUGUAGAGGAGGAGAGAGGAAGAGGGCCGGAUAGAAAAUAGGGGUUGAGGGGUGAAGGGGAGAGGAAGAAGGAAGUAAGGAUGGUAGAGAGGUUUUCUGCACGUGGAGGAGGUGCCAGGAAUCGCGCGUUAGAAGGAAAAAAUUGAGUGGCGGUUGUGAGGUGCCCCUGCGUGUGCCGGUUGAGAAGUGUUGAAGGCUGUGAGCUUGUUGAUUGAACUGUAGUUAGGUUUGACCUCCGCUGAUGUUUUCCAGCUCCUGAUGAAUCAAGGGGAAGUUUUAUGAACGGGCGUAUCCGGGGGCAGGUCCGGGAUGGGCGGGGUUCUGUAGUGCGGGUCCUUAGCUUCACCCUCUCUGUCUUAUGGUCGGGUCCGACAGAGGUUAGGACGUGGGAGGGGGGGGGGGGGGGGGCACAAGCUAAUCUGAUACUUAUGCUAAUUUUUGUUUGUUUUAUCAUAAUUUUUUUCUUCUUGCCAGGGGGGCGGGGUCAGAUUGUUUUCGGCAGGGGCGGGGCAUAGUUUGUCGUGGUGGCUGGCGAGGUUGGUGUAUUAGAUCCUAGUGAGAUAUAUGCUGUGGGGGUCAGGGGGAGGGCGGGAAGGAGGGUGGGGUGACCAACCAGAGAUAAAACGACAUAUUUACCCAUAAUUCCCGUGUUGCUGGAUAAGGUGACCUGUUAACCUCAGCUCUUUUCCUCCUCUCGUCUUUGUUUAUUUCUCUUUUUUUUUGUUUUCCUUCUGGAGCAGGUGGGUGGUGGCGUCGGGUGGCGUUGAACGGGGGUUGUCGAUCGGGGUGGGGGUGGGGUCAGCGCUGUACAUACUUAUUUUUUCAGUGCGAACAGCGACACACGCAGUCCCAGCUGUUGAGAAUAAGUGGACGUUCCAGCUGCCGUUAAUUUAAAAAAAUAAAUAAAUAAGAUGUAAAAGCCAAUGAUAUCGACACGGAGCAGUUCCUCCAGUGGAAAGGUUUGAGCUUCUGGAAGUUUCUUAAAAGUUUUUUUUAUUUUAUCGAUGGAAAACGUUGAAAAGAAGUUGGUCGCCAUGGAGAUGAGGCCUUCCUGUUCCUGUAUAAAUGCCAUGACGGGCAACAUCCAUUAUAAUCCACACAAAUUUGCUUCUGUGAAACUGUUCUGCUGUUGUGGGCAUCAGGUGCUUAUUCAAAUACAAACCGACACAUUUAUACGAUGAGUACGACGAGUCGUCACUUUUAUAUAUAUCAGAAAUCCUACGCAGACAGAAAUGAAUAUAUACACAUGUAAUCAUGGAGGCAUUUGAUCGACAGAAUGAAGGUUCGUCCUGGAUUCUUUUUCCCUUUAGGGUAACCAUGGUAACAACAAUGUGGCGCUCUCCUGAUUUGGAAAAACAAAUUUAAAACGCGCCGAUUGGUGGCUACAGCCCUGUUCCUCCCUCUCUCUCUCUCUCCCCCUCCCCCCCUCUCUCCCCCUCCCUCUCUGCCCCUACCUCACUCUCACACUUCCUCCCCCAUCCCUCCAUCCCCUCAUUUAUCUCUGAAGGGAAAGAAAAUUAUUGCAAGGAAGGAGAGGAAGAGGGGUCGAGAUCAGGGAGGGGUCUUUAUGUAAACAUUCCAUUCCGUGCAAAAUAAAAAAAAUAUUAAAACAUUUUUAAAAAGGAAAUUAUAUUAAAAAAAACCUAAAAAAAAAAAA